AUGGAAAUCAAAAGGCAACUUUUUCUCCUUUUCCUGCAACUUAUACUUUGUUUGGGAGCAAACACAAACACUAGCAGGAAUCAGAACUUUUCCCUUGGAGAUACACUUUACGCAGAGAAAUACAUAGCUAUUGGCAUGACAAUGAUCUCAUCAGGUGGAAUCUUUGAGAUGGGCUUCUUUCCACUAGAUAAGCUUUCAAAGUAUUACUACAUGGGCAUAAGGUACAAGGAAAUAACACCACAAACCAUAGUUUGGGUUGCAAAUAGGGAGACUCCACUUUCUUAUUCCGAAAUGGACAACGCGCAGCUCAAAAUUAUAAAGGGCAAUUUGGUGCUUCUGAACGGCUCUGGACACUCAAUAUGGUCCACAAAUGUAAUCAACUCAACGAAACCUGUGUUAGCGAUUCUUCGUGAUGAUGGUAAUUUGAUCUUGAUCGAUAUUGGGUCCAAGAAUACUAAUUCAUUAAUGUGGCAAAGUUUUGAUCAUCCUACCCACACGUUUUUGCCUGGUUCAAAGAUUGGCUACAAUAGAAGAACUAAAACUAAGCAAGCUUUCACUUCUUGGAUCGACUCUGAAGAUCCUAGUCCAGGUCUUUUUACCCUUGAGAUGGAUCCAAUCAAGAAUCAGUCUGUUAUUAAGUGGAACAAAACUGUGGAGUACUGGUCACUUGGACUUUGGAAUGGAUCACAUACGUUUAGCGCGUUGCCUGUGAUCUCCAAUCCCGCCUACAACUUCACAUUUAUAAACAACGAAGAUGAAAUCUAUUUCACCUACUUCAUUUUCAAUCCUUCAAUCAUGUCGACAGUCAUAAUAGAUGUCUCGGGGGAAAUUAAGGAACUGGCAUGGUUUAAUAUUUCCACGCAGUGGAAUACAUUUUUCAGUCAACCAGCGCAGCCAUGUGAUGUCUACGCUUAUUGUGGUGCAUAUGGUGCCUGCAAUACUGAGACCAGCUCAAAUAGUAAUAAUACUACUCCCUUAUGUGAUUGUUUGCCUGGUUUCACUCCUAAAUCAAAGAAAAAUUGGGAUUUGAACAGCUUCUCUGGUGGUUGUGAGAGGAAAACAAGUCUGAAUUGUGGUAAUAAUGCUACUGCGAAGGAGGACAAGUUCUGGAGACAUUCUCAUAUGAGAUUACCAGUUAAUAAUCACACUCUGGCAGUUGGUGGAUCAGCUGAAUGUGAAACUACUUGUUUAAAUAAUUGUGCUUGUACUGCUUAUGCUUUUGUUGAUGGCAACAAAUGUCUAAUUUGGGAUGGAGACCUCUUCAACUUGCAACAACUCUCCGAACAUAACGCUAGUGGAAUUACAAUAUACGUCAAACUGGCUGCUUCUGAAUUUUCUGUAAAUUCAGUUCCCAAAGGAAAUCCUCAGCCGCACUGGUUGAACACUGAAAAGGGAUCAGCAAACGACUUACUAAAUGAAGAGGAUGAGAAAGGCAUUGAUGUUCCAUUCUUUAGUUUGGAAAGCAUUUCAGCAGCAACAGAUAACUUCUCAGAAGAAAAUAAGCUAGGACGCGGUGGUUUUGGUCUUGUUUAUAAGGGGAAGUUUCAAGGGGGACGAGAAAUUGCAAUCAAAAGAUUAUCAACGCAGUCGGGUCAAGGCAUAAAUGAAUUCAAGAAUGAGGUAAUUCUGAUUGCAAGACUUCAACAUCGAAAUCUUGUUAGACUUAUGGGCUACUGCGUACAAGGAAGUGAAAAGAUUUUGCUCUACGAAUAUAUGCCAAACAAAAGCCUAGACACCUUCAUUUUUGACAAAAGAUAUCCUGUGUUAGAUUGGAAGAAGCGAUUUGAUAUCAUCUUGGGGAUUGCUCGAGGGCUUCUUUAUUUGCAUCAUGAUUCAAGGUUGAGGAUCAUUCAUAGAGAUUUAAAAACAAGCAACAUUUUAUUGGAUAAAGAGAUGAACCCCAAGAUUUCAGAUUUUGGUUUAGCAAGGAUUGUCCGAGGGAACAGUAUGGAAGCAAGUACAAAGAAAGUUGUUGGAACAUAUGGUUAUAUGUCUCCAGAAUACGCAUUAAAUGGAUUAUUCUCAAUCAAGUCGGAUGUCUUUAGUUUUGGAGUAGUUAUGCUUGAGAUUAUCAGUGGCAAGAGAGUUACAGGAUUUUACCAGCGGGAGGAAGCUUUAAACCUUCUAGGUUAUGCAUGGAGAUUAUGGAAGGAAGGAAAUGCCAUGAGUUUAGUUGAUGAAUCACUACAUGAAUCAAGCAAUAUUGAAGAUGAUGCAUUAUUAAAAUGCAUUAAUAUUGGACUCUUGUGCACGCAAGAAGAUGCUGGUAUUCGUCCAAGCAUGCCUGAUGUAAUUAUAAUGCUUGGUUGUGAAAAUAUUUCUCUACCAAAACCUAGAAAGCCUGCUUUUACAGUAAGAACACGUGGUUGUAGCACAACUUCAUCCUCUACGAAGUCUUACAUCAAUUCCAACAAUGAGUUGACAGUUACUACCUUAGAUGGCCGGUAG